UUAUGACAAAGCACUGGUCAGGUCUGUUGUACCUUCUAAAAGAUCACAUGAAGAUAUGAAUGAAAGAAAUGCUAUCUCACAACCUGAAAACCUUGAAUCAGAUGAUGGGUCAUACUACUUGCCAAGUGAUACUGAUGAUCAGAAGUCUCCAUUGCAACCAUCACAGCUAAUAUGCUUUAUUAAAUCAUACACAAAAAUGAAUCAAGAUCAUAAGUGGACUUUAUCUUCUGGUACAUGUGUUGAGGACACUGUUUUUCGUGAAGGAAAUCAAUUAUCAACAGAAUCACUAUUACAUUCUUGGAUAAUUGAUCUGGAUGACUGUGAAACUGAGAAAUUAUUUGCUGUGGAUGACUGGCUUGAAAUUAAAAAUGCAAUUUGUAAACAACCAAGGGUGGAUGAAUAUGUUGCAAGAUCAUUAUCAAGAUUUGGAAAUGUUAAAACAAUAGCUGAUUUGAGAAAGAUAUUAGAAACAACCUCAUAUAGAAAUGUAAAUGAACUGUACAACAUAGACAAACAUUUUGAUGCAGAAUGGGCUGAGCUAGUGAUGAGACAUUUAAUGUAUGAUAAUAAUAUGGAGUAUGGAGCAAUCGAGGUAGCAAAAAAGUUUGUCAUUCUAAAUUCUACCAAACAGCUCAAAGAUGGAUUGAAACUUGGCAAAACAUUGCAUGAUAUGUUGGUUUGUUUAACUCAACAGAUCAAGUUCAAUGAAGAAAAAGUCUGGAAAUUGCAGGUCAUUGGUUUUUUACAUUUAGUAUCAGUCCUUAAAAGAGGGGAGCUUCAUGAAGUUCCAACAAUAGCCAACAAAAUGAGAGAUUUGAUCAUGCUUUUAUCAAGUGUAUGGAGAGCAAAGAAAGCAAACACAUCAGUACAUGAACAUCUUCUCGAGGAAAUACAAGAUGUAGAUAUUAGUGAUUUAACCUAUGAUGACCUGUUGGCUAAUGGUAUAGGUGAGAAAUGUGGUAUAAGGAAGUUAAGAAAAGGUGCUCUGAUAAAGAGUGUGUGUGCAAAUUAUGUUACAAAAAGAAACGAAAUUCAAACCCAGUGCAAAUUCAUUAUUGCACCUUCAGAAAUGACAAGGCACAAGAACUGGGUUGAGGGCAAAAAUGACAGAGCACAAAUAGCAACAAAUAUAACAGACACUCUUCUGCAAGAAAUUAAAAGGAAUGUUCUUCAUAAAAUUUCCAAAGCUUCAGAGAAUGCUCUUGUAGACAUUGUGGCAUGUCUUAUGGAGGUGUCUAUAUAUCAAAUGCCAAUUGGCUUGGAUAUCAAAGUAACAAGAAAUGGUCAUCAAAGUGAUGCCAGCAAAAAACGAAAAAAUCGACAAAUCACAUAUGUCGAAAGUGGAAAAUGGAAAUCGACAGGCACAAAAACCCAUAAUGAUCAUAAUAAGUUGGCUUGUUUCACCUCAGACGGGCAUACUGAUAUGUCAAAAAAAACCAAAAAGGAUAAGCUGUAUAAAUUCUGCAUUAUAUUUGGUAUAAAUAUUACAGCCAAGAUUCCUUUACAUAAUGAAACUGUGGAUAAAGUUGAAGAAUUUGUGCAUGCCUUAUUAAUCUUGCAGGAUGGGAUACUGGUAAAUCUUCAUGAAUUCAAUCAGAUUUUAUUAAAGAAAUCUAGGUCAGUCACUGAACAACAUGAUUCCUCUGAAGAAGAUUCUACUAUCAGAACCCCGUAA